UUCACCCACUGAAGCUGUCACUACUUCAGCGUUAGCCGAUCGAGUCAGUCGGUGAGCUAGCUCUGCGCUGCACAACGGUUCUCUUUGUACGGCGCUCUGGAGGAAAACAUGAAAAUUCAUUUCAAAGACAAUGGUGAAGCCGCCAGUUCGGACGGAGAGGAUAUAAUAAAUCAUGAUAACGAUGCCCUGAGAGACCGAGUUGCUGACUUAGAAAAGAAAGUUCAAGAACAAGCAGAUGAAAUUGUGUGCCUUCGCGGAACAUUAGCCGAUGUUUUACGACGAGUGACUCAACUCGAAGGCAGAGCCGUCAUCAUCACCAGCAACAAUGUGCCUACCCCUGUUAAGAGCUCUUUCUCCAGCAACACACUUCCCAGCAAGCCUUCAAAUAUCAACUACCAACGUCAAAUCACAUCACCCACCACAAAUUCCAACUCUCACCAUCCUACACCUCAGACACCUGUGCAGCCUAACAGAAGGCUUUCUCAUUAUCCUUCCUCAGGAUCCUUACAUAGUGAAGGGGGACACAGCUCAAGUUCUGCAUCCCCUAUCCCUUCCCCAUCACCAUCCAUAACAAACUCCCGCAGCUCCCCUUCUCCUCGACACACGCCAUCCCCCAACAGGCACAUAUCAAUGUCUACAUCCAAUCUCAACUCCAUGAAGAAGUGGUCAUCCAGCCAGGAAUAUUUAACUUCAAGCAAUAAUGCAAGGCGAGUGACCACUGGAUCUCUUUUCAACUUGAAUAUGCGAAGUGUGACACCUAAUCAUGCUAGACAUGGUACCAAAGAUGCUGUUUUAAUGCAAGAGGAAGGCAUUGUCAAGCUGUACCUGCGUGGUAGGCCAAUUGCACUACAUAUUCCUACAGAUUAUUUGCAAGAUUAUUCUCUUAACAAAGUUAAUAAUCCACCCUCCCAGAGGUUAAAAUUAGAAUGGGUUUAUGGUUAUAGAGGAAGGGACUGUCGAUCAAAUCUUUAUUUUUUACCUACUGGAGAAAUGGUAUAUUUUAUUGCUUCUGUUGUUGUUUUAUAUAAUGUUGAAGAUCAGAUACAAAGGCACUACAUGGGCCAUACAGAUGACAUUAAAUGUUUAGCUCUACAUCCUAAUAAAUUAUUAAUUGCUACAGGUCAAGUAGCUAGCACAGAUAGAAGAGAACGAAGACCAAGGAUAUCCAAGCGGCCACAUGUGAGAAUAUGGGACUCUGUGAGUCUAAACACUCUUCAUGUAAUUGGUGCUGGUGAAUUCGAAAGAGCUGUGUGUUGUGUUGCCUUUUCUCAUGCAGAUGGUGGUUCAUUACUUUGUGUCAUUGAUGAAUCUGUAGAGCAUACAUUAUCACUGUGGGAUUGGCAGAAAGGUGAAAAAGGACACAAGAUUACAGAAACUAAAAGUGCCACUGAAACAGUUCUUGCAGCUGAAUUCCAUCCAAUGGACAGACAUACUCUCAUAACCAUUGGGAGAGGUCAUAUCUAUUUUUGGGAUACGGAAGGGGGGACAUUAGCAAAGAAACUGGGAUUGUUUGAGAAGCAAGAUAAGCCAAGGUAUGUUCUAUGUAUGUCUUUCACAGAAACUGGGGAAUUACUCACUGGUGAUUCAAAUGGCAACAUCCUUGUCUGGUCCAGAGGCUCUAAUAAAGUUGCCCGUACCAUAUAUAAUGCUCAUGAUGGUGGAGUCUUCUCCAUAUGUUCCAUGAAAGAUGGAACAUUUCUUUCUGGAGGAGGACGAGACCGAAGAAUCAUUGAGUGGGAUCAUGCUUUGACUCGAACGGGUAGAGAAGCAAAGCUUCCUGAACAGACUGGUGGAAUUCGAGCUCUAGCACAAGGGAAAGGCAGCAUGCUUCUUGUAGGGACAACAAGAAAUUGCAUUCUUCAAGGCACUUUAUCGUUGAAUUUUUCAUUAGUUGUUCAGGGUCACACAGAGGAGAUUCGGGCUUUAGCUGUACAUCCUAACCAAAGUCAAUUUAUCACUGGCGGGCAUGACCAUUACAUUCAUUUAUGGGAUACCAUGUCACAUUCAGUUGUUUGGAGUAAAGAUAUUGGGGAAGCUGUCCAAUCUGCUUGUUUCUCUCCUGAUGGAAGUGUGGUUGCUCUUGCAACAACAUCUGGCAGAUGGUCUGUAUUGGAUGCAACCACAAGACAAGUCUAUUCCAUGCAUGCUGAUGGUAGUGAAGCCAUUGAUUGUGUUAAAUUCUCCCCAGAUGGUAGAUUUCUUGCUGUUGGAUCACAUGAUAAUUAUAUAUAUGUGUAUCAAGUGGAUGAUGAAUACAAGAAAUAUAACAGAAUUGGACGAUGCAUGGGUCAUUCCAGCUUUAUCACUCAUCUUGAUUGGUCAGAUGAUAGUACAUAUAUUCAAACUAAUUCUGGAGAUUAUGAACUGUUAUUCUGGAAUGCUGGAGUGUGCCGACAAGUCAGCAAUAUGUCCAUAGCUAGAGAUAUCAAAUGGAAUACUCAAACAUGCACAAUAGGCUUUAGUGUAUUAGGUAUUUGGCCUGAAAAUGCAGAUGGUUCAGAUGUCAACACAUGCUCCCGUUCUCAUUCUCAUAAGUUAUUAGCCACUGGAGAUGAUUUUGGGAAAGUUAACAUUUAUAGCUAUCCUUCCUGCCAACCAAAGUCUCCUCACCACAGCUAUGGUGGCCAUAGUAGUCAUGUAACAAAUGUAGACUUUACUCCAGAUGAUACUCGUUUGAUCUCCCUCGGUGGUCGAGAUUGUAGCAUCAUGCAAUGGGCAUUGACUUAAAUCUUCUCUCUCUAAAUAGCAGUACAGAUUAUUAAUCCUGCCUCUGAACCAGACGUUCCCGGUUGCUCUCAUUUCCCUGAAUGCACAUUACUUUUUUUUUUUUUUUUUUUAGUGGUGUGCGUGAUUCAUGCAAUCAAUGAAUUACCAUGAAGCUGUUUUCUGGUCAGAAAUUGUAUUGUGUGAGAUUUCAAAUUUGUUGUGUAAUGAAAUUUUGAUUGAAUGUUGAAUUAUAUGGCAUCUUUUAUCAUGAGAAAUGAUUUAAUGAACCCUAAAAUUGUUAGCUGCUGGUAUUAACCAGUGCGCUGUGAGAUUUUGUAUGUUUGUGGCAUUUUGUUAUGAAUCAGAUACUCAUUAUGCUUCAGGAAGUAUAAAUAAUAUCUCGCUAAAUAAAAUGCUUUAAAAAAGCAGUUUAUAAUUUUGAAUACCUGUGUGUUUUAAGUUUUGUUUUCAUGGUUGUUGCAGUGAUCAUUUAUGGUAGCUGACUCUCUGAGUCUUUUUGACAUGCAGAGUGUGCCGUGCUUGUGUGGUAGUGUGAGAGUUUUAAGUUAAAUUAUAUUUCUAGAAUAUUAUAUUUAGUAGAGGCAUUUAAAAUUGUUUCUGCAUUUUAUUGGUUAUUACCGAAAAAAUGACAUGGGUUAUAAAAAAUUUUAUGCAUUUCUUAAAAUGAAAUGAAACUGUUAAUAACAAUUUUUUAAUGUUAAAAAAAUAUUAUGAAAGGCAUUCUAUGACAUUGUAUUAUAAUGAAAAAUGAUAUAAUCAAAAUAAAUCUUGCAUUUUAUAUUGUAAAAAAAAUCAUAUUCAUUUUUAUUGAAAUCCAUUCAAUUUUUGAAUGAAUAACUUAUUUUAUCGUUGAAAUCAGAAAGCUAAAGAAUCAUAAAUUAUUAUCAAAAAGUGCCUUUACUCUAAAGAGGAAAACAGAUUAUUUAUAAAAUUUACUGUGUUGCAUUUUUAAUGCUAAAUAUUAUUUCAAUGAAUUAUAAUUAGUGUUUUGCAUAAUAAAUAUAUCACAAAAUGUUGUAAUAUCUUAUUAUGAAACUGUCAAAAAUUCAGUAUUAAAUUUUUCAAUAUAAAUAAAAUAUUUAUUGAGCUCUAGAGUAAAUUUUUUAAUCGAUGGUAAGUGCUUUGGAAAAGAAGAAUCAUUAUAUGAAUAAGGUAUAUUAUGCAAGUGUUUAAAAUUGUUAUAUAAGAAAUGCAUCUAAUUCAUGACUAUUUACACUAUAUUUAAUUUUAAAUAUCUUUUAUUUUUCUUUUACUUGAUCUGAUGCUUCUUAGCAUUCUUUGGAAUAAUUUACAUAUAGUAUCAAAAUAUUUUAGUACAAUUUUGUAUGUGAUAUGUGAAAGUAUGUGUUGAAAUUCUAUUUAUGGAAUUGCAAUUUCAAUAAUUUUAGCUUGUUAGAAAAAGUUAAAACAUAUUUUUUUAAUUUCAUGAAUUUUUAGUAAAUGCUUAUAAGAAGAAAAAAUAUCUCUCAUAUACCUUGGUCAAAAAAUAUUUGUUUAUUGUUACUGUUGUGCAAUUAUCAUGUAUUCAUUGAUUUUUAUAAAUAAUAGAAUUAACUAUAAAUAGAUUAAUUUAUAAAAGAAUUUACAGAAAUGUAGUUUGGUUUUUUAGCUGGAUGAAAACCUGCCUUACAAAUCCUCUAUAGUUAUCCUCAAGAGGAUUUGUAUCCUCUAUAGUUAUUAAUAUACUCACAUAAACAAAGUUUUGGUAUAUAUGGACUUACUCUAAUAAUCAUUUUGUGUGUGCUAGUAGAACUUAAUUUGUAGGAAAAUUUAUUCAAAAAUUAUAAUUGUAUAUAAACAUUUGUCAUUGAUAGAAGCAGUAUUUUCAAUGGCAAACGUUUAGCAUUGAUAAAAGCAGUUCUCUGAUAGAUAGCAUAGCUAUUUUUUAUCUAAAAAUAAUAUUAUUAUUAUUUAUUAUAAGAAAUUAGUAUUAUUUUAUCUAAACCUUCUAAAACUUUUAGUGUCAUGGUAAAUAUUUUUUUCCUCUGUUGCUUUUAUAGAUGUCUCAAAAGUUCAAAUUUCUUAAUAAGAAAAGGAAAAACGCCAAAUCAAAAACCCUAUUCAUUUUGUAUAUAAUUGUUGCAUUUCUGUCUGAAGCUGUAUUUUCUUAAGAAUAUUUAUGUGAAGAUUGAAUGCCUGUGCAAUGUUUGCUUGUAUAUAGAAGCGAAUUUUUGAGAAUGUGAUAACAUUUAUUAUUUUUAAAUAACUAAUGUUUUGUGAUAUAAUCGAAAAAAAAAAUAUAUGAAAAAAAAUGUUUGUAUGAAUUUGUUUUCAAAUAGCAAAAUUAAAAUUUUGUAAUAAUCUGUUUAUAGGUUAUGUUAUUAGCUAUAAAAAAAUUUUGUGGAAAAUAUAGCAGCUGUUCACUCAUUUGUAAAAUAAAGUUUUUGUAAAUAAUUUAUCACAAAAAUGUACAAAUAAAGUUUAAUGAGA